CCUCUUCUCUUCAACAUGGCGGAUGCAGAAAAAGCGCCCGAAGAAAAGGUCGAGAAAAAGACCGGUAAGAAGACCGGUAGGAAGCCCGAUAAAAAGACGAAGAAGGAGCCGAAAGAUGCAUCCAAAAAUAUAAUGCGUGAAGUCAAAAUCCGGAAGUUAUGCCUGAAUAUUUGCGUGGGCGAAUCUGGUGAUCGAUUGACGCGUGCCGCCAAGGUCUUGGAACAACUGACCGGCCAGCAACCAGUAUUUUCCAAAGCUCGGUAUACGGUACGUUCGUUCGGUAUCCGUCGUAAUGAAAAGAUAGCUGUCCAUUGUACUGUACGCGGCGCCAAAGCUGAAGAGAUUCUGGAACGUGGCUUGAAGGUACGCGAAUAUGAAUUGAGGAAGGAAAACUUCUCCUGUACUGGAAACUUCGGUUUCGGCAUUCAAGAGCAUAUCGACUUGGGAAUCAAGUAUGAUCCCAGUAUCGGUAUCUACGGUUUGGACUUCUACGUUGUACUUGGACGUCCAGGAUUUAAUGUAGCGCAUAGAAGAAGAAAGACCGGUAAGGUUGGUUUUCAACACCGUCUUACCAAAGAAGAUGCCAUGAAAUGGUUCCAGCAGAAAUAUGAUGGUAUCAUUAUAGCCGGAAAGAAAUAAUAUAUAUUGUAUAAAUAUAUAUUGCAUAAAAAAUUUUAACAAUAA